AUGGAUGGGUGUGAUCAGUCGCGAGGGUUAAACUCGCUUACGAAUUCAAAUAUAUCUCUCUACUAUUAUAAUCAGACUGGAGACUUGCUGCGUGACUAUGCGCUUGCAAGUUAUCCCACCAAAAGUGCCAAAGAGAACCAUGCUCAACAAGCAUUGUCCCAAUUUGGCUCUUUGCCAGGUGCUCGACAUCCACCAUCUUCGUACGACCCAGACGAUGGCGUGCUAGCAGAGGCACUUUUAUCGUUCUCGAGCGCAGUUCUAGCUCCCGUGACAGACAAAAAUGACGAAGUGCGUGUCAAAAGGCAUAAAUCAGCCUCUGAGUCUUUCUCUCCGGACAGGAGCGACGAUGCCUCGUCUUCUGACCAAUACUGCCUUCUUGUGUCGAUGAAUUGGUGCUUCCCCAUAUAUAACAAACGCUUUAUCGUUGGUCGCGGUAAUGUGAAGACAUCCAUGCACCGCUCAACUCCGGAAUCUUCCUCCUCCUUUUCCUCUUCUUCAGAUCCGGAUAAUGCACAGGAGGAAUAUAUGGAAAAAGCUAUUACAGAUCGAAGUAGCUCAAAGGCCGAAAUCAAUCGGCAUCAUGAAGACACAAAUAAGAGUCACUGCAACUCACGCACAAACCAAAGCCGAUCUAGUGCAGUCGACUCUGAAAAUACAUCCUUAAAAGAAGGUAGUUCGAUCGAUGUAUGCAGAAAUAAUGACCUUCUUGUCAAAGUUGGGAUUUCAAAAUUGAUUUCUCGAAAUCAUCUCAAGUUUGCAUACAAUUCAAUAGUCGGUGUGUGGGAACUUGUUAUCCUUGGAAAAAAUGGAGCCACUAUUGACGGUACCAAUCACAGGCCCACGCCUAAUACGAUCGACUCCACGGGCCGUAAUAGCGUAAAACUUGGUGUCAAGUAA